AAGCAACUAAAAUAGACCAUAGAUUAAGUUUUCAAAUGAUAAGGUAUUAUGGAUAUACACCAUUCACCACUUAUUUAAUCCAUCUGUCUGUAUCCCAUCCCACCAUAUAUAUAUAGUUGCAUGGUAAUAAGCUUAACCUUGAAUUACAACAAUGGCAACAACAGAGGGAACAGUUGUACCAAGAAUCAAACUGGGUUCAGUUGGGCUUGUAGUAAGUGCACAAGGGCUUGGUUGUAUGGGUAUGUCUGCAUUUUAUGGGCCACCCAAACCCGAACCCGAUAUGAUCCAUCUCAUUCACCAUGCCAUAAACUCUGGUGUUACAUUUCUUGAUACUUCUGAUGUUUAUGGGCCCCAAACUAAUGAAAUACUCCUCGGCAAGGCUUUGAAGGGAGGUAUGAGGGAACGAGUUGAGUUAGCAACAAAAUUUGGUGUUAUUUUUGCAGAUGGAAAGAUGGAAGUGCGUGGAGAGCCAGCGUAUGUAAGGGCAUCAUGUGAGGCUAGCUUAAAGCGUCUUGAUGUCGACUGCAUAGAUUUGUACUACCAGCACCGGAUUGAUAAGCGCGUGCCAAUUGAAGUAACGGCUGGAGAACUUAAGAAGCUAGUUGACGAGGGUAAAAUAAAAUAUGUAGGUCUAUCGGAGGCAUCAGCAUCAACAAUUAGAAGAGCACAUGCGGUUCAUCCAAUAACGGCAGUACAAUUAGAAUGGUCUCUAUGGUCGAGAGAUGUGGAGGAAGAAAUUAUCCCUACUUGCAGAGAACUUGGAAUCGGGAUUGUGGCUUAUAGUCCACUAGGACGGGGCUUUUUGUCAUCCGGUCCAAAGCUAGUUGAGGAUUUGUCAAAUGGAGAUUGCCGAAAGCAUCUACCAAGGCUCCAGGGCCAGAAUCUUGAGCAUAACAAAAAGUUGUACGAGCAGAUAUGCCAAAUCGCAGCUAAGAAGGGAUGCACCCCAUCUCAACUCGCGUUGGCUUGGGUACAUCACCAAGGAGACAACGUGUGUCCCAUCCCGGGCACCACAAAGAUUGAAAACUUCAAUGAGAACAUUGGAGCUCUCUCUAUAAAGUUAACAUCAGAAGACAUGGCAGAACUUGAAUCCAUUGCUUCAGCUAAUGCAGUCCGGGGUGAUCGAUACCCUUCGACUGUGAGUACUUACAAAGAUUCAGAAACUCCACCCAUUUCAACAUGGAAGGCUAUAUAAAUGAUGCAAUUGCCUAAUUAGUGUCUCUCUGUUGAGUUGAGUUGUUCUUGUGUUGGGCAUUACAUGCACUGAGAAAGUUCAGUUUUUCUGUUUUAGACUAAAUGUGUCACUUGCUAAUGGUUCAAAUGAUAAAAUUCAUAAUACAUGUUGGAGUCUCACAUCAGUGGGUUAAAGGA